UCCAGGUGGAGACAGCAGCUUGAGCCCGCCUCCCGCGAGCGACCCUACAGGAAUAGGAGGCUAGCGCCCCCUUUUCUCAGCUUUAGAGUUUCCAAGAGCAACGGGGAGAGGGAGGGGGCUUCGCAGUUACCCUGGAGACGCGCUCUCGCCCGCCCCCAGCCGCGGGAUGCCCUAGAUGUCCUUAUUAGGACAAGAGACUCGAGGGGGCGGGGCCAGCCCGACAGCAGGCUUGAGGCUCCUUAUAAGGUCGCGGCGGGCGGGAGGCGGGAGCCGGAGCCCAUUGGUCCAAUUUAGCUUGGCUGGGGCUACUGCGCCGUGGGCUAGGCACAGUCCCGAGGGGCGGGCCUGGACCUCUGGCGCCCACCUCUCCCUUCCUCGCAGGCUGGAGACCUGCGUGUUGCGACUUCCGGCAUAGCAGCUAGAGGCCGGAUGCUGCUUCAAACCCUGGCGGGUCGCCUGUGUCCAACUCAGCUAUACGUGUCCUUCAGGCUUCUCAGCCCGCGCCUCUCCUGGACUCUUUUCAAGACCAGUCUCCAUCUCCAGCCUCCUUCAAGCUUGAGGCUGAAGCUGACAAUCUUAAGAGACCUUAGAGCCGCCAAGUUCAGGUGUUCGAAUCCCGACUCCAGAACUGGCGGGGUCCCAGUCCUGCGGGCGUGGAGCGCCGGAGGACCCGCCCUCGGGCCCAUGGCGGCCCCGGUCCGCCUGGGCCGGAAGCGCCCGCUGCCUGCCUGUCCCAACCCGCUCUUCGUUCGCUGGCUGACCGAGUGGCGGGACGAGGCGACCCGCAGCAGGCGCCGCACGCGCUUCGUGUUUCAGAAGGCGCUGCGUUCCCUCCGACGGUACCCACUGCCGCUGCGCAGCGGGAAGGAAGCUAAGAUCCUACAGCACUUCGGAGACGGGCUCUGCCGGAUGCUGGAAGAGCGGCUGCAGCGGCACCGAACAUCGGGCGGUGACCAUGCCCCGGACUCACCAUCUGGAGAGAACAGUCCAGCCCCGCAGGGGCGACCUGCGGAAGUCCAGGACUCUUCCAUGCCAGUUCCCACCCAGCCCAAAGUGGGAGGCUCUGGCAGCUACUGGCCAGCUCGGCACUCAGGAGCCCGAGUGAUACUGCUGGUGCUCUACCGGGAGCACCUGAAUCCUAAUGGUCACCACUUCUUAACCAAGGAGGAGCUGCUGCAGAGGUGUGCUCAGAAGGCCCCCAGGGUGAGGGUAGCCCCUGGGAGUGCUCGACCCUGGCCAGCCCUCCGCUCCCUCCUUCACAGGAACCUGGUCCUCAGGACACACCAGCCAGCCAGGUACUCAUUGACCUCAGAGGGCCUGGAGCUGGCCCAGAAGUUGGCCGAGUCAGAAGGCCUGAGCUUGCUGAAUGUGGGCAUUGGGCCCAAGGAGCCCCCUGGGGAGGAGACAGCAGUGCCAGGAGCAGCUUCAGCAGAGCUUGCCAGUGAAGCAGGGGUCCAGCAGCAGCCACUGGAGCUGAGGCCUGGAGAGUACAGCGUGCUGUUGUGUGUGGACAUUGGCGAGACCCGGGGGGGUGGGCACAGGCCGGAGCUGCUCCGAGAGCUACAGCGGCUGCACGUGACCCACACGGUGCGCAAGCUGCACGUUGGAGAUUUUGUGUGGGUGGCCCAGGAGACCAAUCCUAGAGACCCAGCAAACCCUGGGGAGUUGGUACUGGACCACAUUGUGGAGCGCAAGCGACUGGAUGACCUUUGCAGCAGCAUCAUUGACGGCCGCUUCCGGGAGCAGAAGUUCCGGCUGAAGCGCUGUGGUCUGGAGCGCCGGGUAUACCUGGUGGAAGAGCAUGGCUCCGUCCACAACCUCAGCCUUCCUGAGAGCACACUGCUGCAGGCUGUCACCAACACUCAGGUUAUUGAUGGCUUUUUUGUGAAGCGCACAGCAGACAUUAAGGAGUCAGCCGCCUACCUGGCCCUCUUGACGCGGGGCCUGCAGAGACUCUACCAGGGCCACACCCUAUGCAGCCGCCCCUGGGGAACCCCUGGGAACCCUGAAUCAGGGGCCAUGCCCUCUCCGAACCCUCUCUGCUCACUCCUCACCUUCAGUGACUUCAACGCAGGAGCCAUCAAGAAUAAGGCCCAGUCGGUGCGAGAAGUGUUUGCCCGGCAGCUGAUGCAGGUGCGCGGAGUGAGUGGGGAGAAGGCAGCAGCCCUGGUGGAUCGAUACAGCACCCCUGCCAGCCUCCUGGCCGCCUAUGAUGCCUGUGCCACCCCCAAGGAACAAGAGACACUGCUGAGCACCAUCAAGUGUGGGCGUCUACAGAGGAAUCUGGGGCCUGCUCUGAGCAGGACCUUAUCCCAGCUCUACUGCAGCUACAGCCCCUUGACCUGAGCUUAUGCCGUGAAACAGCCCCCAGCCCCCGUCUGUCCCCCAACCCAGGCUAGCCAGCCUUUUAACAACAUCUUUUGGGGUACAAUUAGAAUCUAAGUGUUUGCAGCCAUAUGUGUCAUGUAGAAGAUGCCUAGCCCUGGGGACCUUGUGAAAUACGCAGGAACCAGGGAUACCAUCUGGUCCAGUGGUUUUUAAACAAAGCUGCUUAGCACCUGGAAUUCCCUGGUCAGGGAGAUGGAGUCAGUGGGGCGUUGCAGCUUUGAAUCUAUUUUAUGUCACCAGUUGGUCCUCAUCAAAUAAAAUUUCCUUAGGAGUGCAGAGGGCUCAUUGGGAAAAUAAAAAUAAUAAAAAUAAAUGAAACUUCCUAAAAGAAAAGCUUGAAAACCA